AAAGCGUGAUGAUGCGUAAAAGUCCGUUUGCUCUGUUCCUUAUUCGUAAAGUAAAGAAAGGAAGAAAGAAAAUGGAGGAUUCAAGAAAUGGAGAUUGCGAAGAAUGCAAAACGAAGGCGUCAAAAUACAAGUGCCCAUGUUGCGGCCUCCGCACAUGCAGCCUCCCUUGCGUUAAAGCUCACAAGCAGCGCACCGGCUGCAAUGGAAAAGGGAACAUCACUUGCUUUGUUCCUCUCUCUCAAUUCGACGAUAAUCUUCUCCUCUCAGAUUAUAAUAUGCUGGAGGAAACAAAGAGGGUUGCUGAAGCUGCUGAAAGAAUAAGGUCCAAACUAUGUAAUACUACUACUAGUUGCUCUCAUCAUCAAUUUAAGCUACCGUAUCCCCUUCGAACUCUCCGCACUGUUGCUGCUUCUCGGAGAACUAAGCUCUUGUUUCUCCCCCCUGGCAUGUCUAGGAGGGAAACUAAUCAAACUCUAUUUAACCACAGGAAGAAGUGCAUUUCGUGGACCAUCGAAUGGCGGUUUCAUUCAACAGAUGUUGUUUUGUUUGACCAUGGUGUACAUGAAGAUACAAACCUCUGUUCAUUAAUUGAGAACCAUCUCCAACCUAGCCCCUGGAAUCAUCCUCUAAGGCGGUUCUGUGAAGAGCGGCUAGGCUGCCUCAAGUUUUUUAUUCGAAAAUACCCGAAGGAGAAGUCACCUUUUCGGGAGUUCAACAUAAAGGCCCCAAUACGGCAACAAUUAGCCAAUACGGUCGUUCUAGAGUAUCCCGUUAUCCAUGUAUUUCUUCCUAUGGAACACUAUGAUUUUGAAGUUAUCAGAGAGAACCUUCCUGUGACUCAUAGGACAGAGGGAAAAGAUUCUAGCAUUGCUGAUAAUGAAAUCCAAAAAGGUGUUACCUUCAGGGAGGAGGAAAUAAAAGAGAAUGACAACUCUCUAGACUCUCGGGUCUUUGAUCAUAUGAAGCAUGGGCAUAAAAUCCCUUCUCGAAACGAGUCUGAGAAAGCAUUCGGUAACUUAGUUUUGUCUUUGUCGACUAGAGCUGGGGCAGGGAACAAGGUGCAAUCCAGCUCCCUGGCUAAGGACUCUGGAGUUCUUGAAGACAUGGAGUUCGAUUUUGAACAAGGCUUACUCGAUACUGGAAUUAAUCUGGAUGGCUUUCUUUAUUUGGAAGGUGAAUUUGCUAAGCAAUCGGAAACGGAAGAUAGAAGAGACCUUUCAAAUACUAGGGGAGUUUUCUUUGCCGAGGAAUUGGAAGAAGGGGAGAUUGUAGAUUAAUCUAUCACUGUCAGUUUUCUCCAGAAGCUGACCAACAUUAUCCGAGGAUGAAUUUGCUGAGAGUUGUUGCUCGCUACCGAUCAUAAUUUUUCGUCAACAAUCUGCUCCGCUUGUCUGUCAUAUCGAAAGAGCAAACUCUGCAAUUCUGUGGCAUUUACAAGCUUGCAGAGAGUUUCCUUCAUACUGAGUAUUGGCUCUCGACCAUCUGGAAAUGCUAAAAGAUGGGGGGACAAAUACUUGGACAUCUUGUAAAUUCAAUAGCUGAUGUAAUAUUUCAU